UCUUUCUCUAAGUUCUAUCCCCAUCUCGGUGCUCUUGGGCCACCAAAUCAUCUCCUUCCCCCAAAAAAAGGAACUCCCAGAUUUGUCAAUGUCAGUCAAGAAACCAACCCAUCUCUGAAAUGCCCUUCCAUCACAUGAUAUCUGUUCUAAAUUCGCAGUUCAGUUGUUUUCCCAACUCCCUUUCGGGGCCAUUUUUCACUUCCAUGAUGCAAUCAAAUUCUCAAAUAUUUCUUCUGAGGAACAUAUCUCGGGCAUUUACCGUCACCCAUUCGUUCCCAAAAGUGCAAUUUGCGGGAACGUUGCAACUCUCUAUCAGUGCAGAGGACUCAUAUGAAACGGGACAAGUUCUUCAAUCACAACUUAGUAUGGGCUCAUUGCUGGAGCGGACUAAUGAUAAAGAGAUUUCCAUUGAGAAAAAUCAAGAGUAUCUGUUCCAUGAUUUGAAUGGGAGUUUACAUAAUAAAGCUGACAGUGAUUCGGAUGGUGCAACAAUCAUUGCUGAAAAGGAUUAUAAGGAGAUGCAAAGAAGAAGAAAAAUUGGGCUAGCAAACAAGGGGAAAACACCAUGGAACAAAGGCAGGAAGCACAGUGCAGAGACCCGCGCGUGCAUCAAGCAGAGAACUCUAGAGGCCUUGAGAGAUCCCAAGGUCAGGAGGAAGAUGUCUGAAUGCUCUCGUGCUCAUAGCGUGCAGAGCAAGGCAAGGAUAGGCUUUGCAUUGAGAAGAAUUUGGGGGGAGCGCUUGAAAUUGAAGAGGUUACAGGAAAAGUGCUAUUUGGAAUGGGCCAAAAGCAUUGCAGAAGAAGCCAAGAAAGGUGGCUUGGAUCAACAAGAACUAGAUUGGGACAGCUAUGAGAAGAUGAAAGCAGAAAUACUUUGCCAACAGCUUCAGUGGGCAGCUGAUAAGGCAAAAGCAAAGGAGAUUGCAAAAGUAAGAGCUCAGAGAGCAGCAAAGGCAAAGUCAGAGAAGAAGGCAAGGCUGGCCCGAGAGCGUAAAGAGAGAGAACAGAAGGCAAAUGCCAGAGAAUUUAAGAAAAAGGCUGAAAAGAAAUCAGAGGAAGAGAAAGAGGACUUGGCUAUUUUUAAGGCUUUAAAACUCAAAGCGAAAUUAACCAAGAUUGAUCACAAGUCCAUGGUUGAUCUAAUUGCUAGUCGAGGAGAAAUGUCAAAUGGCCUGGGUCCAGCUAUCAAGGAGUGGGAUCUAGAUUUCAUCAAGAGAGAGAAAAUGAGAAGAGAGGUUUCACUUGCAGAUCAAAUACGAGCUGUGAAAACGAAGCCUGCAACAAAGGAAGCUCCAAAAACCUCAUCAUCUGAUUCCUUGGUGGAAGCAAAUGCAGGAAAGACUAUAACUUAGCUUCCAACUGUUGCACAGCAAAGACACCAGGAUAGCAUGCUAGGCUCUUGUUUCUUAUUCCUAUGUAUAUAUAUGGUUUUGCUAACAUCCCCAAACCUUUUAAAUUGCAUACAGGGUGACCUAUUGUCGAACAAACUGUUUCAUUCAUUCAUAAAACUAGGAGCAAACCAUGGUGCAAAAGUCAUGCCAAUCGGUGAUCCCAAGCUCCCAUCAAUAGAAUGAAAUGGACAGACAAGAUUGACUAGAGUAAUUACGGUUCUAACCAUGUGAUUUAUGACUUGUAAACAGCGGGCGGUUUUAACAAAUUGGCCCCAUUCAAAGGGUUAGGAACAUCUGAUCAGUGUGAUUCACCAUGGCUUGUUCCUAGUUGUAUGUAUAAAUGAAUGAAUGGUUAAGUCAGCAAUAGGUCACCCUAUGUGCCGUUUAAAAGGUUGGUGAUGCUGCUAACGUCCGCAUGAAGUUGGAGACAUCAGCAAAACCCUAUUUCAUCUGAUUUCUCAUUACCAGUAUCUUGCACUGUUGCUUGUUUGAGGACUUGUGUUCAUACCAUCUGUUAUGUUAUCAAUCGCAGCUUCAUGCUUGCGAAUCUGUAUGUUUGUAGACCUAUAUGUUGCUUUAGCUA